UGGAGCGGACUUGCAGCUGCAGCAGUUCCCGGACGGGCAGCCGGGCGCUCGGCCGCCGCGUCUAGGGCUGAGCCCUGCGACGAGGCUGCUUGCCCCGAAAUCCUCCCGGAUCUUAAGGCGGUAGGUGGCCGGAGAUGACGAGCCAUACGAGGACAGAAGUCAGGCCCCGGGGUGUGAGGAGGCCGGUGGACGCCGUCUCCGAGGGCGGACACGGGGGAAGUUGAGUAUGGAGCCUCAAGGUCUUUGAGAUAAUGGAAACCAAAAAAUUGAUUGGUAAACCACUUCAACCAGCAAGACCUGUUCGUCAUCUGACUUCUCCCCCUGGAACAGUAUUCCCUUUCAACUUCCAAAGUGAAUAUCCAUGCAAUACCCAGUACUUACAAAGUGGAGUUAGCAGAUGUAAGACGAAUGGAAUGCAAGCCUUUUCUCAAGGUCUUAAUGAACAACAACAUCAGUCUCCAGUUAAAAAAGUAUGCGGGCCUCUCACUGUUGUCGCCUCUCCCUUUGCGGAGCACAGGCUCCGGAUGCUCAGGCUCAGCGGCCACGGCUUAUGGGCCCAGCUGUUCCGCGGCAUGUGGGAUCUUCCCAGACUGGGGCACGAACCCGUAUCCCUUGCAUCGGCAGGCGGACUCUCAACCACUGCGCCACCAGGGAAGCCCUAGUUGUUUAUUUUUUUGAUGUUGAGUUGUAUGAGCUGUUUAUGUAUUUUAGAUAUUAACCCCUUAUUGGUCAUAUCAUUUGCAAAUAUUUUCUCCCAUCAGUAGGUUAUCAUUUUGUUUUGUCAGUGGUUUCCUUUGCUGUGCAGAAGCUUUUAAGUUUAAUAGGGCCCAUUUGUUUACUUUUGCUUUUAUUUCCUUUGCUUUAGGAGACAUAUUCAAAAAAAUAUUGCUACAAUUUAUGUCAAAGAGUGUUUCACCCAUGUUUUCUUCUAGGAAUCUUAUGGUUUCCAGUGUUACAUUUAGGUCUUUAAACCAUCUUGAGUUAAUUUUUGUAUAUGGUGUUAGAGAAUGUUCUAGUUUCAUUCU